UGUUUUACUGCACGUUUCCACGGAGGACUGCGCUGACACGUCUCCUUCCAGAGUUGCGAAACGUCCCGUCAAGUUCAUGUUUACAGUUCCGGAGAGAGUUUCCGGUCGGCAGGCGUCGCUGCGGGCGGACAGUUGGACAAGGAGCGACAGACAAGUGCGCGUCUCACCUCCAGCCGCGCGGCGUGAGACAGGCCGGCGGCAGCGGGCAGACGCGGCCCGGCCGCCCAGUGUGACCAUGCUGGCUCAGGAUGGGGGGAGAAGAACGAGUUUCUCCUCUCAAGAACUUCAUGGCCGGAGGCGUCGGCGGGACCUGCCUGCUGCUGGCCGGACACCCGCUGGACACCAUCAAGGUCCGACUACAGACUCAGCCUAAAGCCUCUGCUCAGUAUGUCCUCUACACCGGCACAUACGACUGUUUCCGCAAGACCAUCUCCAAAGAGGUGAGCGCUGAUGGCGGCUGUCAGACACGGCGGUGUGAGACGGUGCUGGGUUUGUGUUUCCAGGGCGUCUUGGGCCUGUAUAAAGGGAUGGGGGCUCCACUGGCAGGUGUGGCUCCCAUGAUGGCCAUCAGUUUCUUUGGAUUUGGUCUGGGAAAACAGCUCCAGCAGUCGGAUCCUGGGAAGCCUCUGACGCACAGCCAAAUCUUCUUGUCCGGCUGCCUGGCUGGGGUCUUCACAACAGUCAUCGUGGCUCCUGGGGAGAGGAUUAAAUGCUUGCUGCAGGUUCAGGCAGGAAGCGCCAAGUCGCGCUACACGGGCCCGGUGGACUGUGCCGUCCGACUGUACAAGGAGCAGGGGAUCCGCAGCGUCUACAAAGGGACUGUCCUUACUCUCAUCCGAGAUGUGCCUUCUAAUGGUCUCUACUUCCUGACGUACGAAUACCUCAAAAACGUUCUAACCCCGGAGGGUCAAAGCGUCUCUCAGCUCAGCACUCCUAAAAUCCUGCUGGCCGGCGGCGUGGCGGGUAUCUUGAACUGGACCAUUGCGCUUCCACCUGAUGUCCUGAAAUCCAACUUUCAGACAGCUGCAGAUGGAAAAUACACAGGACUAGUGGACGUACUCAGAACGCUGCUGCGUGAAGAAGGACCCAAAGGUCUUUAUAAAGGAUUCAACGCUGUCUUCCUGCGAGCCUUUCCUGCCAAUGCGGCCUGUUUCCUGGGGUUUGAAGUGGCAUUAAAAGGACUCGACUGGCUCGCGCCCAGUUGGUGAAGUAGUUACUGACCACGUCACUGUGAUCGUGAUCUUGCAUUUUUAACAUGGAUGCACGAGGUCGGCCCAAAUCAGAGUGUUUUCAAGGCCAUUUCAUUUUGUUACCUCAGGCCUUUACCCGUCUGUAUUUUAGUCAGUGUAUUUUAGAGGUGUGGUCCUCAAAAAGCUGUCCUGGGCCGGACACUGAGGGUGUAUGUGACUUGAUGUGACUUGAACUAAUGUAUCAGACAUUCGAUUGGAGGCAUUUAUAAAUUAUAUAUAUAUAAAUGUGUAGUUUUGAAACUCCUUGAUACCUUGUGAUACCUUGCAACAUAAUUUUGUGUUAAGGCUAUUUCUGCUCAUGUGUUUGUGCAGUAUUUUAAUAAAGGAUUUUUAAU